AUGCCGCGGUCGAGUCGAGCGAAGCGGCGUCGCGGCGUCGCGGCGACGGCGCUCGCGCGCGCGCUGAUCGCGGCGUCGUGGUCGUGCGUCGUCGCGCUGCGCCCGGGGGCGUCGAUGUCGAUCGACUGCGUGACGCCCGAGGUCGGGCCGGCGGUGGGCGGGACGCUGGUGACGCUCGCGGGCGAGGGGUACGGCGGGAGCGCGGACGCGGCGUGCGCGUUCGACGACGCCGUCGUCGCGCCGACGUCGAAGGGGACGCAGAGCGGGCACGCGACGAUGGUGUGCCUGAGCCCGAGGCACGCGGACGAUCGAGGAGGGUUCGUGAGCGUGGGGCUGACGCUGCGAAGGGCGAACCGAGCGGCGACGACGGCGCCGAUGAAUGAAAACGGCGAGACGUUUAAUUUCGCGAAACAGAUGUCGGUGACGAACGCGUACCCGACGGACGCGCCGGAGAUCGGGGGAGAGGUGUUUUAUUUGCAAGGGAAGCACUUGCACGAGGCGGUGAGCGUGCGAUGGACGAAGCCGGUGACGCACGUGGGGGUGGACGUGGUGUCGAGCGCGUUGAUUCGAUGCGAGACGCCGCCGCUGACGAGCGGGGAGAUUUCGUCCAUGGUGAUCGCGACGUUCACGGCGUCGCAGAGCGAGUACGACGCGAAUGCGCUCGCGGCGACGACGGCGAAUCAGACGGUUUCCAUACCUCCGCGAUCGCGCGGAGUGUUGGGAUUUGUGUUGGAGACGAAUGACUUUUCGCUCACGAGCGCCACGUCGAGCGUCAACGUCACGGGCGGCACGCCCGUGUUGGUCACGGGGAACGGUUUUAGCACCGUCGGCGGGGAGGACGACGGAGACUUUUUGAGUUGCUUCUUUGGCACGAUAGGCCCCAUCGACGCGCGCGUGACGGCGUCGAAGACGGCGACGUGCUACUCGCCCGCGCGCGCGGCGGCGGCGAGCGUGCCGUUGCGCUUGGGCAUCGGCAACGGUCGCUUCGUACUCACGACGACCGUGAACGUGGCGUUUACCGAAACAACGCGACAGACAACCGACCCACUUGAGCCCGCGGAAGAGGCACAGAGCUUGGUGGUGAUGAAUCCGACGCUAGACGUCGCGAGCGGCGCGACGCCGUUUGACGUCGUCCUCGGCGGCAAUUUCUUCGUUAGAGGUUCAGGUUUUUCUUUCGAUUAUGAUGACGGUUGCGUGUGCACCUAUCCCGAUGCCUCGACUUCACGAUUGGUGUACGUAUCUAGCGCUAUCGCGCGGUGUUUGGACACCCCGACUUGGACAUCGGGAGAGGUGAAAAUUAGCUGUAGCGCCGACGCGAACGCGGUGGUUCGCUCCGUGUACGUCGCCCCCGUGGCGGUGCCAACGAUCACGAGCGUGGACGUGCUGACGAUCACGCAUCAGGGUGGCGUGGCGUUACAAGUCACUGGGACGUCGUAUCCCGACGAAGGCGAGAGUCGAGCGUAUUCGGGAUGUCAUUUCGGUGCCGUCGGUCCCGUGCACGCGCGAUAUAUGAGCGGGACAGUUGCCGAAUGUGUGACACCGGCGUUGAAGCCGUCGCAGAGCGCGCUCAUGCUCGGGUUCGGGGCGACGGAGUCGGUAGAUUUAGUACAGUACGGGUUGACUAUUCCAGUCACCGCGGAGACGACGUCGGCGUACGUCGCGCCGCCGUUGUGGUUGACGCCGGCGACGACAUACCUCGCUGCGGCGACGGCGAAAAUAAUCGUCGGGGAUCAUCAACAGCUCGGGACGUUGUCCGUGGGAACUUUGAAGUGCGUGUUCGGUUCAGGAAAUUUAAAUGCCACUGUCGGUACGUACGUCGCACCCUCAGUGCACUGUCCGACGCCCGCACUCCUGUCCCCAGGCUUCGUCGUCGUGCGAUUGGCGCGCGACGCCGCCGCGGCGUCGCUCGAUCCGCCGGCGAUUUUGUUAGUCAAGGAAGACCACGCGGUUACUGGCGCGCAUCCGCGCCAGACCUGGGGACCGGUAGACGUGAUAUCAAUCACGGGAUCGAAUCUCAUAUCCACGCACGUCGAGGGAACGAUAGAUUCCGCGAAAUCGCUGUGCGUGUUCGGCGGCGGCGCCGGCGUCUCUGGUGGCGUCGUUGUUUCGAGCGCGUUGAUCAUGUGCGAGUCUCCGCUCGCAGAGUCCACGGGUGUGGUCGAGCGUUGGGUGACGCCGUGUUUCGAAGAGUGCGAUUCCACCAAAGCAUUACCCACCGGAUCGACCGCCUCCGCCUCGCACACGCGCGUGGCGUUGACGUCCAUGGCGCAAUCGUACAUGUCCGCCGUCGACGCGGCGAGCGGUUGGACAUUCGGCGGCACGCCAGUUCGCGCCACGCUCUCCAUCGCCGUCGCGAGUGAGAUGCUUACGUGCCACUUUGGUUCCACGCGCGUCCAAGCCCGCCCCGCGGGAGUCGCCGUCGUCGAAACCGUCGCUUCGGCGCAGGGCGAAAACAUUGAAAUCGACUGCGUGUCCCCCGCGCGCGAGCGCGGAUCCGUCACCGUGUACGCCACCCUGGCGCAAUCCCGCGCCCCACUCUUGAGCGGUGUGGCGUUUCUGUACAAGUAGUUUUAGCUCGUA